AUGGUUUAGAUUAGAAUGUAUAACCAGGAAACAAAAUUUGGUAAAUAUUAGAGACCGACCGAAGUUUCGGUUUCGGUCGAAGUUCCGGUUUCGGCAGCAAAUUGGCCGAAACUUUCGGCUUGGCCGAAACAUACGAUCGUAAGGUCUCGGGAUAUGUCCGGUUGUAGUCGGGCGAUCGCUUCGUGUCCGUACGCGUUUCAUCACGUAGUGUGCGUAUUAAAUAAAGAUAGAAAUGUCUCAAAGAGAAAGAAAUUCUAUUUGGCAGUUUUUUGAAAAGAGCACAAAUGAUUUAUCUAAGGCAGUUUGCAAAAUCUGCAAAAAGUCGCUCUCAUUAGGAAGUCAAGAACCCAAAAAACAAACACUAUAUGGAGUGAAGCAGCAUUUAAGUAAGUUCCAUGGCACAGAACACAGACAAGCUUUAAAGCGGCAGUCUGAAUUAGAG